UUUGACUAAAAGUUCAUUUCAGAUAGUUAACGCUCAACCCUACGAAGAUUCCACUGAAACUUAAAAUAUUAUUUCAAUAUGCAACGUGAAGAAAAACAAUUGGAAGCUACGCUUCAUGCUAUCCUAAACAGAGUAAAUGAUCUAAAAUCUGCUAUACAAGCGUUAAUAACGAAAUUGGAAACAGAAUACGAAACAAUAAAUUGGCCCACAUUUCUUGAUAAUUAUGCUAUACUGUCUGGACAUUUAACAGGUUUAAGCAAAAUCCUCCAAAAUGAAUUAGCACCUUCACUGAGAUCAGUUGUAGUUUUACCAUUACAACUGGGUUGUGAACGAGAUGAGGAACUCGCUAGGUUAACAGAAGGAAGAGUGCCAGCCUGCACUCAUGACCUCGUACCAGACUUAUUACGUACCAAGCCAGAACCACAGGCAGAACAAAGGUUACAGCAGUUGAAUCACAAAGCUAGCACAUUAAGCUAUGACACUGCUCAGAAACAGGUUGCACAGUUUACUAAAGUUGUAAGCCAUGUAUGGGAAAUUAUAUCCAAAGGUCGUGAAGAGUGGGAAGGAGAAUCAAUGAGAUCUUCAGGUAUACAACCGACACAUAGUAUUGCUGAUACGCAUGCUUUAGUAACAGCAGUGGGUACUGGCAAAGGUCUUCGACCCGGAAUGCCUCCUAUUGGACCACCAGGUGUUGGUACUCCAGGAAUGGGUCCUACUAGAGGCCCAACACCUCAAAUGGGCCCAGCGGCUCCCACCAUGCCUAAAGCUCCUUCAGCAAUCAAGACUAACAUUAAGGCAGCGAACCAAAUUCAUCCCUAUCAACGAUAAUUUAAGAUUAAGAGAAGAUAUAUUAUUAAAUAAAACAUACAAAAUAUA